AUGCCUUUAAAUUAUAUUUUGGAGGUUGAAUUAUUUGAUGUUUGGGGUAUUGAUUUUAUUGGACCAUUUGUGAUGUCAUUCCGGAACCAAUAUAUCCUAUUGGCAGUUGAUUAUGUCUCCAAAUGGGUUGAGGCCAUAGCAACCCCUACUAAUGAUGCAUCUGUGGUACUUGAAUUUCUCAAGAAGAAUAUAUUCAAUCGAUUUGAAACUCCAAGAGCUAUCAUCAGUGAUGAGGGAACACACUUCUGUAAUAAGCAGUUUGCAACUUUGUUGUUAAAGUAUGGUGUUCGCCAUAAAGUAGCAUGUGCUUAUCAUCCUCAAACCAAUGGGCAAGCUGAAGUGUAUAAUAGGGAAAUCAAGCAAAUUUUGGAGAAGACGUUGGUUUAUGGAAAAUCUUGUCACUUGCCAGUGGAAUUGGAACACAAAGCUUUUUGGGCAAUUAAGAAGCUUAAUUUCAAUUUCAUUGCAGCUGGAGAGAGGCGUCUCCUAGAAUUGAAUGAGCUUGAGGAAUUCCGACUGAAAGCUUUUGAAAGCUCCAGAAUUUACAAAGAAAAGAUGAAAAAGUGGCAUGACCAGAAAAUUGUACCCAAGGUAAUUGAAGCAGGUCAAAUGGUGCUAUUAUUUAAUACAAGGCUCAAAAUCUUUCCGGGCAAGCUCAAAUCACGUUGGUCAGGGCCUUUUAGAGUAAUUCAUGUUGAACCAUAUGGUGCUGUUGAAGUGGAAGAUAUAAGCACCGGGAGAACUUUCAAGGUCAAUGGGCAAAGAUUGAAACCAUAUGUGGGUGGCAACAUUAUCCGUAACGUUUCAUCCAUCACUCUUCUUGAGGUUUAA